CUCGCGCUGCAGGAGAGGACGGCAGGAAGGAUGGCGGGAGGACGGCGGGGUCUCGUGGCCCCUCAGAACACGUUCCUGGAGAACAUCGUCCGCCGGUCCAACGACACCAACUUUGUUCUGGGCAACGCGCAGAUCGUAGACUGGCCGAUCGUCUACAGCAAUGAUGGCUUCUGCAAACUGUCCGGCUACCACCGAGCCGAGGUCAUGCAGAAGAGCAGCACCUGCAGCUUCAUGUAUGGAGAGCUGACGGACAAGGAGAUGAGCGAGAAGGUCCGACAGACCUUCGAGAGCUACGAGAUGAACUCCUUUGAGAUUCUGAUGUACAAGAAAAACCGGAUGCCGGUCUGGUUUUUCGUGAAGAUCGCUCCGAUCAGAAACGAGCAGGACAAAGUCGUCCUGUUCCUCUGCACCUUCAGCGACAUCACCGCCUUCAAGCAACCAAUCGAGGACGACUCUUCAAAAGGUUGGGGUAAAUUUGCUCGUCUGACUCGAGCGUUAACGAGCAGUCGAGGAGUUCUCCAGCAGCUCGCUCCGGCCGUCCAUAAAGGAGAGAACGUCCACAAGCACUCGCGGCUGGCAGAGGUUCUCCAGCUGGGCUCAGACAUCUUGCCUCAGUACAAACAGGAAACGCCGAAGACGCCGCCGCACAUCAUCCUGCACUACUGCCUCUUCAAGACCACGUGGGACUGGGUCAUCCUCAUCCUCACUUUCUACACCGCCAUCAUGGUGCCGUACAACGUCUCCUUCAAGACCAAGCAGAACAACGUCACCUGGCUGGUGGUGGACAGCAUCGUGGACGUCAUCUUUCUCGUCGACAUCGUCCUCAACUUCCACACCACCUUCGUCGGGCCGGCCGGAGAGGUCAUCUCUGACCCCAAACUCAUCCGCAUGAACUACGUCAAGACCUGGUUCGUCAUCGACCUGCUGUCCUGCCUGCCUUACGACGUCAUCAACGCCUUCGAGAAUGUCGACGAGGGGAUCAGCAGUCUCUUCAGCUCUCUCAAAGUGGUCCGCCUGCUGCGUUUGGGUCGGGUUGCCAGGAAGCUGGACCACUACAUCGAGUACGGGGCCGCGGUGCUGGUCUUACUGGUGUGUGUGUUCGGCCUGGCGGCCCAUUGGCUGGCCUGUAUCUGGUACAGCAUCGGAGACUACGAGGUGAUCGACGAGGACACCAACACGGUGAGGAUGGACAGCUGGCUGUACCUGCUGGGCGAGACGGUGGGGACGCCGUACAGGUUCAACGCCUCGGGCUCGGGCCGCUGGGAGGGCGGGCCCAGCAAAGACUCGGUCUACAUCACCUCGCUCUACUUCACCAUGACCAGUCUGACCAGCAUCGGCUUCGGAAACAUCGCACCGAACACAGACGGAGAGAAGAUCUUCGCCGUGGCCAUGAUGAUGAUCGGAUCGCUGCUGUACGCCACCAUCUUCGGUAACGUCACCACCAUCUUCCAGCAGAUGUACGCCAACACCAACCGCUACCACGAGAUGCUCAACAGCGUCAGAGACUUCCUCAAACUCUACCAGGUGCCCAAAGGCCUCAGCGAGAGGGUGAUGGACUACAUCGUGUCCACCUGGUCCAUGUCCCGAGGCAUCGACACCGACAAGGUGCUGCAGAUUUGUCCCAAGGACAUGCGGGCGGACAUCUGCGUCCACCUCAACAGGAAGGUGUUUAAGGAACACCCGGCGUUCCGGCUGGCCAGCGACGGCUGCCUGCGCGCCCUCGCCAUGGAGUUCCAGACCGUCCACAGCGCGCCGGGCGACCUCAUCUACCACGCCGGAGAGAGCGUGGACAGCCUCUGCUUCGUGGUGUCGGGGUCACUGGAGGUCAUCCAGGACGACGAGGUGGUGGCCAUUCUAGGUAAAGGCGACGUGUUCGGCGACGUCUUCUGGAAGGAGAUGACGUUGGCUCAGUCCUGCGCCAACGUCCGAGCGCUGACCUACUGCGACCUCCACAUCAUCAAACGGGACGCGCUGCAGAAGGUCCUGGAGUUUUACUCCAACUUCGCAAACCACUUCGCCAGAAACCUGGUCCUCACCUACAACCUGAGGAAGCGGAUUGUCUUCCGGAAGAUCAGCGAUGUGAAACGUGAGGAGGAGGAGGCGUUGAAGAGGAAGAACGAGGCUCCUCUGAAUCUCCCACCAGACCACCCAGUCCGACGACUCUUCCAGCGUUUCCGACAGCAGAAGGAGGCCCGACUUGCCGCCGAGCGGGUCAGUCCUAGUUCCAGUGAUGUGGAAAAAGGUGUGGAUCACCUAGAGCAGCCCAAAGGCCCAGAGGUCCUGGCCUCCACCAGUAUCGUCAUGGUGACCGAGAGCCCCGCCACACCCGCCUCCUCCUCAGCAUCCACCGCAUCCUCUUCAUCCAGGACCUCCAGCCGAGUCAUGCUCCACACCCCUGCCAUCCAAAACGGAAACCUGACCGGUUGCAAAUCUGCAGAGCCACCCAAAGCCAAAGGCUGGGGACGAUUCAAGGAGGCGGUCGUGAAGGCCGAUUCAUGGAGCAGCGUCUCCAAGGCUGAGUCCAUGGAGACGCUGCCCGAUAGAACUAAGUCUCAUGACGAGAUGUCCCUCAAGAAAACCGACUCCUGCGACAGCGGCAUCACAAAGAGCGACCUCCGAUUGGACAAUGUCGGCGACGCCAGGACGCCACAGGAGAGGAGUCCAGUUCAGUCUGAGGAGAAGAGGGUCUUCUGUCCAAUACCAGAGCAGAGCAUGCAAGCCUCUUUCCUCGAGCUGAAACAAGAAUUACGAGGAGACAUCAGAUCUCUGAACAGCCGCAUGGCAGCGCUGGAGGGUCAGUUAGCCGAGAUGCUUCGACUUCUCAAAUCCAGGAAGUCGUCGGGCUCCUUCUUCGAGAUCUCCCGGCCGCCCUCCCCCGACUCUGAUAAGGACAGCUUCUCGUAAACUGAACAUGGAAUUAGUCCGUGAGAGUCAAACUUGAACGAUUCAGCCUCCGGAUGUCAGAGAAGAGCUCCUGACGGCAGUGUGAGGCUGUGCUCAUGGUUGUCAAUGACGACGUCACACAGAAGACAAAAGCACUUUGGUUCGUUCGUAGCAUCACUCUGCUGUUCGAGACGUUACAGACUGAAAUGACGUCGAACUAGAACGAGGAUAAGUCUUAUAAGUUUUGCUUUGAUGAGAGAUUAUAGACAGAGUCAGUCACAAUGGCACCUUUGGUCCCCAGGAGGGUUUGUAGCCUGCAGACCUUAACGAGAUAUCGGCAAUAAUAACAGAAGGCUUUAAAGUUGUUGUUUUGAACAGGACUUAGACACUGUGAUGUGGUGACUUUGAUGAAGUCUGGUCCACAAAGUCUGUUUAGCUGCUCAGAGCCUCUCGAUACUGAAGGGUCCACUCUCAUUGGCUGUCUGCACUCUCAAUCAAAAGUUUUAUGCACCGCAAAAUGUUUUUAAUCAAGUCUGCUAGACUGCUCGGAUCAAAGAGAGACGUACCAGUGUUCGCAAAUGAAAGUCAGGAUAGAUGUUAAUGUUAAUGUACGUGAGGAUGACGACUACAAUCUACUGUAAAAAGCCAAUUUGAUUUCACAGAUUCCCAAACUUUUAAAACUCACUGGGCUCCAUGAUUUCACUGCUGCACAUCAUCGUAUCAAAGCCACACUAUGUGAUUGAGCAUCAGUCAAAAGACAGCCUUUCAGUCCAAGCAGGAGGCUGCUGAACUGGUUAAAGAACAUUGUGGACCAGAUCUUUCAGCUGAUGGUGGGAAAUGGUUUUGCUCGGUGUGACGUGCUAAAUGACAUUAGCGCCAUUUUAGAGAAAAGAUGUCACCACCUUCAUGCAGACUAAAACACUGUGUGCACGGACUUCAGGGAGAGGUCUUUGAUGAUUGGAAUCAGCAGCGUUUAUAUGAAUGAAUGUGAAGGAUUUAAAGUGACAGAGUGAAAAUGAGGCCGUACAUGUUUCUGAUGUUGAUGUUUCUGCACAGAGCUUUAUUUUUAAUUUAGUUUUUUAUAGAUUUGCAUGUUUUGAAGUUGAUGAGUCUCCAGCUAUGGAUGGAGAAUCAUAUCUAACACCUCCAAAUUCAAACACAAUAAUAAUGUGAUUUCUUCAAUUUAAAAGAACAGGAUGCUUAUGAUUCUGAUGGUUGCCUGAAUGCAUUUGAAUUUGGACUCACGGUACAUAUACUCCUUUAUUCAGGUGUUUUUAAGAAAUGGUUAAUGUUAUUUAAGAUUAUAAAGUAUUUAGUUCCACCAGGUAUGAAUUUAGGAUCUGUAUCUGGAUAUAUGACCACAGGCCUUUUACCUGGUAUUAAGCAGCAUUAUCAUUGUCUCCAUCUUUGGCAGGAAGGGUUGGCGGACUUUUCAGCAAACAGGGCACAUCUAGGUUCAAGGGAAGUGAUGCCAAAUACUCUAAAGGGACGACUGUGUGUAUGUAAGUUGAGGGUCAUCCAUAUUAACAUGUGUUUUCCCUGAUCCAGAUCAGAUCUUGACACAGAUCUCGUUCUAAUACCAGGUGGAAACAGGAUAUCAUAGGUACCAUAUAUCUUGGAGUCCUCUAUCAGCAAACAAAACCAGUUCGUUGGUUUUAGUUUUUGGUCUGUGUGGUCUGCCUGUUUCAUUUCCAGUUGUUUUUGAGUACAACUGCUGGAGCACACGUGGUCGCACCGGAUGCUUACACUUUAAACAAUAAUGUUACUGUCAGGCUCGAACACUGCAGCCUGUCCUCAGACACUAGGCUCAAGGGUUCAUUAUCUGAAAUAAGUGGCUGCAAAACCCAACUGACAAUUAGCUUCUUUUUCUCAUCCUCCUUUGUUCGUUUUUGUUCAGAUUUCACUAACGAUUAAAGCUGCAUUGACUCAUAUUUAACCACUAGGGGGCAGAAAGUCUCCAAAAACAAAGAAAGUGUCUUUAUGUGUUAGACAGCAGGUCACCAGUGUGUUUUGGUCAUUGUAGGUAGGUGUUUGAGGUGCAGCUUGGUCAGUGCCUCCUCUGGGAGAGAUGUUGUACCUCUCCUCAGAUUAUUGCCUCUUUCUUGUGGCUUUGAGUCUCCUUCAUCAGUGUCCACUGGUUGAGGACGUUGAUUCCUUUCCAGAAGUCGCUGGUUGUGUCUCUGACCCUUCAGAGACGACUUGUAGCAACUAAACCACCGUCAGCGCAAACAUGAUGAGGAAUACGCAAAGGUGAAAUGAUGAACUGAGGUGUUCUCUGCGUUUUCACCUCUGGACAAACGUCCACAGGAUAGCGACAGCAGCGACUGUUGAUCCAUCGUCUGGUGUCAUUUGUUUACCAACCACAACACGUUUGUUGCCCCUGGUUGACAGAUUGUGUUGUAAUGGAGCAGACGUAAUGUCCUGUUGUAGCUGCAGGUCACAACAGCCAAUAGACGAGUUGUAAGUGGCUCAGCGCCGAUCCCUCCAUGUUGUUUUUGGAGUCUACCAGAGGUUCUCGGCUCUUUCUUUGGUUUCAGCUUUGACAUCUUCAUUGUGCCUCCAUUAAAGUUCCAGUGCUCUCCGGCGCAGUAAACUGUAAUGAUUUUUAUAUGCAACAUUUUCUCCUUGAAACGCCACCGGUUCGACUCAUCUCUCAAUCCUCUAGCCAUCAGAUCAUCUCGUCCAUCGUCUUGAUGAUUUGCAGAUUAUAUUCUUACAGCCCGUACACAACAGCAAAACUCCAGACAGAAAUGGAUCCAGUUUACCAACAUCAAUUUGGUGAACUUUGACUCAGCAAACCGUCUUGAACCAUCCAAUUUUAUGUAAACAAGCUCCUACACUACUCUACAGAGGAGUUGAUGAUACAUAUCCAUUGAAUAAAAUGAGUUAACUUCCUGUUUGGCCAAGAUUUGGAAACUAAGGUUGUGUCCCAAUUCAGGAGCCGCAUCCUCCGGAGGCUGCAUUUGAAGACCGAUGCGUCACAGUGGUGCGACUAGACUGUCGCUUUUCAAAUGCUCCUUUAAACGCAGCUGAGAAAUGCGUCGUCCAUUUCCUGGGCAAUGGGUGGAUCCAAACAACAGCAACAGAGACGCUGAGGGUCACACUGUUAAAUGUCAGUAUUGGGUUUCAGCUCAGAUCAACAGCUAACGGUACAGCUGUUAAAACAAAAAUCCUUCGUAGACCAAACUGUCACAUUUCAGUUCGGUCUUCCAGUUCAUCUACAACGGCUACGAAGGGCCACACCUGCGUAGACCACGCCGUCCGAAGGAGGCAGCCCCUGAAUUUGGACACAGCUUAAGUCACAGCUGUUAGCUUACAAAGUGACAUAUCGUUAAGUAGUUGUUGUGUUACUCAACAUGGGCAGACCGGCACCACUCAGAGACAAGACGAGCAGCAACCAUCACAUCUGACUGUGAGAGGUGGACACACCUGUUGAUGGAGGUAAAAACACCCCCAAACAUACUUGAAUCUUGAAUCUCCUGCUGAACUUUGUAUUUUAAAGACAGAGGUUGAAGUUUUCCAGUUCGUUUCAAUAUGAUCAGAGUUUUCCCGGUGCUGCAUCUAGUGGAUGUUAGAGAAACUGCAGCUGAACGCAGUGAGGCUAGGACGGUACUUUACGUGUCCACGCAGCCGAGAGGGUCCAUGUGACGUAAAUUUCAUUGUUGUGUAGCAACAUUCACCAUAACAAACACACAGAUUAGACAGAAUGGCGUCAACAUUCAUUCUUAACCGGUUUUAGUCAAACCAGAUUGAUAACAGAAACAAAAUCCAAUCUUUUAAAAUAGAAUUUAGUUGAGUAUCAUCUGCAAACAUGAUACCAGAGUAAAAGUAAGCUUAUCUAUGAUUACUGACAAACACAUUUACAACUGAAAAACUUUAGCAGUGAAAAUGUCAAAUGUCCCUGACGCUUUGUUCCUGCUAAUCAGAGGAAAUGUAACCUGACAUUUAAAAAUGUACUCACCUGACAUGUCUAAAUGGUAAUCUGAGAUGUACGUUUGUCUUGACUUUGGUAUCUCGUGUAUCCUGUGUAGGUGUGAUAUAUAAUGUAUCGUCAUAAUAUGCAAUUAUCGCCAUGUAUGCUGUUUGUACUGAGAGACUGGUUGUUGUUUGUGGCACUUUGUCAACCUCACGCUGUCCCACAAGCACCGCCGGUUAUCGACACUGAUGCACUUUGGUCGUCCGUCGUCCCUGCAUGACGCUGGUGUCUGAAACCUGUUUCUUUUUUCAAAGGAAAGACUGAAACUGAACUGACUUUGCCUUGCUUCUUAAAUAUCUUUGAGGACUUUGAGGUUUGGUUCUCUCUAAACUUUACUACCUUCUGCGGUCACAUGUAUGUAACGACCGCUGUCUGUGCAUGAAGAGCACCUCAGUGUUAAAACGGUACAAAAUCUUUAUUAAUAUCGCGUAUGCACUGUUUUGGAGAUUCACAACUUGGAGGAAAAAGCUUGAGAGAAACCUUGUAGUAACCACAGAUAUACAUAUAUUCUUAAUUUGUUCUUCACUUACUGUCAGGAAUGAAAACUGUAUCAGCACAAAGAGUAUUUAUAAAAAAAAAAA